AUGGUUUGGGGAUAGGAAGUUUUUUUAAUAGAACAUAGUAUUAAUGAUAAUACAAUUUUUGUAGUUAACAAAAAAGCAAUAUCUAUAAUUAAUAGUAAAAAUGCAAUAAGUUAUCAAAUAAAACCAAGUGAUUAUUAUGAAAACUCGUAAAUCAGGUUUUGUAUCGAAUAACAAAACUUCAUAAUAAUAUCUAAAAACAUCAUAAAAGCAUUUCAUUAUGAUAAAAUCAUAGAAUUGAAGUGGUCUCUAAGGAUAACUAAAGAGAUCAAUAAAAUAAUAUAAAAUAAUCAAGUUGUUAGUAUUUAUUUAUAGGAUUGCCUUGAGAUCUUUAUUCAAAUAGAUAUUUUAAAAUAUGAAGAAAUAAACAAUUCACUUUAAUUUGGUUGUAAAUUUAAACCAUUUGAUCAACAGGAAAUCAGAAUAUCUAAUAAAGAAAUUGAAAUUUUACCUUAUUUUUCAAAUAAAGUUAUAUUCAAUUUUGAUUAGAUCAUUGACUAUAUCUAUUUUGUAAACUAGGAAAGGCUAGUCAUUUUCGAAGUAAUUGAAAAAAAGAUUGUUCUAAAACUGUAUAGCAUAUAGUUUUAAGAUUUAUACUUUUUUUUUAACCUCCCUUUGUAUGAUUUCACAAUUAUAUAUCCUCUAAGAUAUGAAAUAUUUUGGGAUUAAUUAGCCAUAGCUGCCAAAAAUCCUAGUAAUUAACAGGAAGUUCUUCUUGUCUAUAAUCUCAAUAAUUAACUAAUUAGUAUAUUGAUAAAAGUAAUUAAUAUCGACCAAAAUUAAUAUUACUUCACUUUUUUAAAUGUUCAUCAAAUUGUUUCUAUUUAUAACUCAUCUCUAAUGGUUACUUAUUUAAAAUAAGUUUUUCUAAAAUUUACUGAUCAAUAUUUAGAUUUUGAUACUGACUUUAAACAUGAAUUAAAUUAUUUAGAAGCUAAAACCGAUAUAUUUAAUUUGUCUAAAAUAGUUUAAUUCGAUAUUGUAAUAUCUCAUUUCAAUUACACCUUAAAAAUAAAAGAUAAUAAAAUUCCAUUUCUAUAACACUAUCACAAGCAGAAAUAAAUAAACAAAAUAAAUUUUGAAAAUGUAUUUAAUUAAAUUGAUAAUGUAUAUUUGCUUAGAGAGAAUGACUUUCAAAAAUUAGUUCCUAUUGUUAUAACUCCAUUUCUUGAGUGUGGAUUCUAUUCUAAUCAGGCUUGUUAUAAAGAUACAGAUGUAAUAUUAUUCAAUUCUGUGAAUCAAAUCAUGAUAAAACUCCCCCAGUCAUGCAAAGACUUAGUUUUUAUAAAAGACUUAUCCAGCAUGUAAGAAAUUUUUUGUCUGGCUUCUGGAAUGUUUUUGGAAAAAUAUGAGGUAAAUCAAAUUUAACUGAACAAGAAAUCAUAAUAUUAAUAAAGUCUUUAAAUUGAUUUUUAUGCAGAUAGAAUUUAAAGUAUAAUUUUCAUAGAAAAUAUUGCCAUAAUCAAAAUCAUGAAUAAAAAACAAUAUUAAAUUCUACUAUUUUAAGAAAAUGAUCUCAAACAAUUCUCAUAUAAAGAUCGUAUUGACUUUUAGAUUGUAUAAGUUAUAUAUGUAAAAAAUCAUUAUGUAAUAUUUUGCUAUGAUAAUAAAAUUAAUCAUCUCAUUCAUGUUGUAUUGUUAACUUAAAAUUACAGUAAUGACAAGACUUUAGAAAUUGACAUAUCCUAAAUGAUUACGGAGUACUUUUCUUUGGGUUUUUUACAUGUAAAUUCAUUAUUAAUUCUAAAUCACACUUUAAAUUAUAUGAUAUUUGAAACAAAUAUCAUUAUAUGUUUCAUAGCAUAAAAUUGCUUUAGAAUCAAUUUAAUUAUAGAUUUUUAACAAAGUUUAAUGCAUAGCCAUAUAAUCAAUUUUAUUCGGUAUUAACAUAAUAAAGGGUAAUUAUAGUAUUGCUUAGCAAAUUAAAACACCUUAAUCUUAUCCUUGCUUAUGGAUGAAGAAACUGUCAUAUAUUUUUAUAAUUUAUCUUCUAUAAAGGUUCUUGAUAGUCUCUAUCAAUAUGUAGAACAAAAUACAACUAUAGAAUAUUUUAAUGAAUCACAUUUUGUUUAAAUAAAAAGUGUAAAUACUACUUAACAACUGAGUUUUGUACAAUUUUAAGGAUAUUAAUUUCAACCCUAAAAUCCAUUUAAAUAAACAAUUGAAACUAUUAAAUUAAAUAAUUCAGUAUCUACUUUAACAUUAGUGUUUUAUCCUAGUUUCGAUAGAAAUGAUAUUAUAAAUUUUUCAAACAUGCGAAUUUCUCUUAUUAAUUUAGUCAAUUUGAUACUCUUAAUUCUAUUCUUGAAAACCUUUAAAAAUAGAAGAUUCCGUCAUUAAAUCAAAUGA